GAAAUACUUACUCUACGGCUAGAACGUGACCUGAGCGUCAGCGUCGCCAAGGUGGCCGCGCGGUGGCGGCGGAAGGUCAGAUGGCGGCCCGGGCGGCGGCGGCAUCGCCUCGGGGUCCGGCGGUGGCGGGUUAUUGGUCCGUGGCUGGGCGAUCCGGGCACGGCCGACGGGGCGCCGCCGCCGCGACGACGCCGCCACCGCCCGCUUGUACCGCGGCUUGAGCCCGAGCUCGCGGCGCACCGUCUCGAUGCGAAAGAGCAGGUGCGCCAGCUUCUGGCCGUCUCCUUUGAUUUCAGGGCGGUUCAUCACGCGCCAGAGCGUGUCAGACCGCAUGCAGCGCCGGCACAGCGCGAAGCGGCCCCGUUCGAAGCCCAAGACGUUCGGCGGGUCGUUGAUGACGACUUCCCCGAACUCGGAGCACUCGAUACAAAUGCUCAGCGCGUAGACUUUGGACCAGGGCAGCUGGCCGCGCGUCCGCGUGCCGGGCUGGCGCAGAUUGUGCGAGGCGCACAGCUGCCGCCAGACCUGGGCGCCCGGCGACGCCGCCGUCGAAUUGCGGUCGGACACGCGGGCGUGGAGGCGCUUAUCUGUGCGUGCGAUGUGUGCGAGGCUCUUGCCAUCACACAGCUCGAACAACUUGAGGCAGCAGUCGUCGUUGAGCACGAGGUGCCAGGGGGCCAUUGUUGGCGCGUCGUUGUUAUCGUUUUGGCGGGUCCCAGGGUGCAAUCGACGAUAAAUAGCGCAGCUCCAGCCGGUGGUGCUUGCGCUUGCUAG